CUGCAGAAUGAAGAGGAGCCAGGUGAGACUGCCCCAGUGGUGAGCGACGCCCCUCCGCCUUACAGCAGCAUUUCUGCAGAGAAUACAGCUUAUUUUGACUACAAGGAUGAGUCAGGAUUUCCCAAGCCUCCAUCUUACAACGUGGCCACAACGCUGCCUAGUUACGACGAGGCAGAGAGAACCAAGGCUGAGGCCACAAUUCCCUUGGUUCCUGGGAGGGAUGAGGACUUUGUGACACGGGAUGACUUUGAUGACACUGACCAGCUGAGGAUAGGAAAUGAUGGUAUCUUCAUGCUGACUUUCUUCAUGGCAUUCCUCUUCAACUGGAUUGGAUUUUUCCUGUCUUUCUGCCUGACUACUUCAGCUGCAGGACGAUAUGGGGCCAUCUCUGGCUUUGGGCUGUCUCUUAUUAAGUGGAUUCUUAUUGUCAGGUUCUCCACCUAUUUUCCUGGUUACUUUGAUGGCCAGUAUUGGCUGUGGUGGGUCUUCCUUGUACUAGAUGUUUUCUGGCACAUGUCUUCCUGUGUUAGUGAAUCCUCCCUCAAGAAGCAACAGGACACCUGCAGGAAGUGAAUCAAGACUCUGGAGCAGAAGAAAAAAAUAAUCACCUGCUUUAAAACCAAUAAAUAAAUAAAAGUACUGUUG